AUGUCUCGCGCAUGGUAAAAGAUUGGGACGAUCAGGAGGAGAAAAAGCUUAAGUUCAAGUGAGAUGCGCCUUUUCGAAUGUCUUGUGCGUACUGACCCGAGCAGACUCGACACAAUCCUCAUUCCCAUUCUCGGCCUCGCCUUUUUCGCCCUCCAAAUCGACCGCGGGAACAUCAGUGCCGCGCUUACAUCGUCCAUAACCGAAGACCUGAAUAUCACUACAAACCAGAUCAAUAUAGGAACGCAGCUGUUGUCCGCCGGCAUUGUGAUCAGCGAGAUUCCGUCGAAUGUCAUCCUGCAGCGAGUCGGACCACAAAGAUGGCUGUCGGCCCAACUCUUUGCUUGGGGCCUUGUAGCAACUUUCCAAGCCUUCAUCAAGUCGUACCCGGCGUAUCUGGUAACGAGACUGUUGCUUGGCUUGCUGGAAGGCGGUUUCAUCCCCGGAGCACUCUACUACCUUUCGACAUGGUAUAAACGGGAAGAGACCAGUCUCCGGGUGACUCUGUUCUUCUUCGGGCAGAUGUUCUCAGGCGCAACUUCCAGCCUAAUUUCUGCCGGGCUUCUGACGCUGUCUGGUAAACGGGGGCUUGCUGGAUGGCGGUGGAUUUUCUUGGUCGAAGGCGCUAUGACACUUUUCAUUGGAAUCCUCUUCGUCCUCCUUGUUCCUCCCAGAGCCGGCGAUGGCCGACCCCUACUCAGCUCCUUCACCGGCCGCUGGAGCUAUCUGACGCCCCGGGAAUCGCACAUUGCGACUUCGCGCGUUCUCAUCGACGACCCACAAAAAAGUGCUGGGCAUCUUAAGAUCACCGGACGCGACAUCUGGAAUACAAUCAGCCGGCCACGCAUCAUUCAGCACUUCUUCAUCACGCUCGUUGCCAUGUCCGGAUUCCAAGGACUGACGCAGUACACACCCAGCAUGAUCAAGUCGUUUGGGUUCAGCGCUGUGCGCGCCAAUGCGUUGGCUUCUGUGCCGGUAUACUGUGGAAUGCUCUGGGUAUUAGUUCUUUCGUAUCUUAGUGACAAAUUCGGGCACCGCGGUCCCUUUGUCCUUAUUUCCAUCACUUGGAACGUUAUUUCGUACUCUUGCUUGCGCGUCACCCCAGCUACUUCUGGCCGGUGGCAUCGGUAUGGAGUCAUUGCGGUCGCCAACGUUUCGUAUGCCAGCAUGCACGUCUUAAACAUCGGCUGGUUGUCAGUGUAUUGCAGAUCGCCGCAGGAGCGUAGUGUGGCAUUGGCGCUGGUCGUCAUGGCCGCCAACUGCGCUGGUAUAUCUGGCUCACAAAUCUUUCGCACAGAGGACAAGCCACUCUACCUCCAUGGCCUGACCGCCAUUUGUGCCUUGGCUGCGGCAUCGUGGGUGUUGGCGCUUGUAUUGAACCUGCAAAAUUAUUUCAUGCAUCAGGGUUGGAAAGCAAAGGAAGCGCAAGGCGUUUGA